UCCGUUAGCAACAUUUAAUCAACUUUUUUAGUAAUUACGUAAUUAUCUCCUAUUUCUUGCAUUAAUUAAAAGUAAUUUAUUAGUUAUGGUUUUUUAAUAUUUAUUAUUAAUGGUUUUGGUUAAUAUAUAACUGGAAUCAUUUUAUCAAGUACCCAUUUGACUUCAAAAGUGCAUUGUUAUGAUGAAGUAAGAAUGGCGGACGUUGUCAUUUUUGGAUAUCUGUUCACAUUUUUAGUGAUAAGUGGUUGUUACGGACAGCGAGGCUUGGACACCUUUGAUGAUGAGGCAGCAAUACAAACAACCCAUGGGCCCGCAGUACAGAAGACGAGUCAUGUUUCCUUUGAUCAGAUGAUGGUACACCAACCCAGGAAGGGAAGAUUUCGAAAGAGAUACAAAUGUUACCAAUGUGAGUCUUCGGACUGCUUCGAAGACGGAUUGGAGCACGUCUGCCACGAAGCGCUGUACUGCUUCAAAUCAUCAGUGCGGACGCUCGAUGGUAGCUUACAGCAUUCCAGGGGAUGCACGCAGAGGAGUGACCACUCUCAGUUCACUUGCAGGACUAAUAGGCUGCAGAAAGGUCCUCGCAAACGCCACGCCGGCCAGCUGAACAUCACAUGCUGUACUGGGGACAUGUGCAACGACGGAGACUUCCCCCAACUACCGCCCGUGGAGGACACCUCCAUAGAGCCGGUGCCGUCGCACGUGACCCGGCUGUGGGCCAGCGUGGCGGCCGCCGUGCUGGUGGUGGGCGGGAUAGCCGCCAUGGGGGUGUUCGUGCUGAGAAGGAGUCACAGAUUACGCGUCUCCCGCGCAGCUCUGCACAAAUUGGGCGAAGAUUCCAACUAUUUUUCUAGCAACGUUUACAGCCCGCCUAGUGCUUAUUACGAAGGCGUGGAAGGCUCUCAAAAUGGCGGCGGUCUACGCGCCGUGGCUGCCGGUGACUCCACGCUGAGAGAGUAUCUGGAAUGCUCCGUGACGAGUGGAUCCGGGUCUGGAUUGCCACUAAUGGUUCAACGGACGCUCGCCAAGCAGGUCUCUCUCAUUGACUGCGUCGGGAAGGGCCGCUACGGCGAGGUGUGGCGCGGCUCGUGGUACGGGGACGCCGUGGCCGUCAAGAUCUUCUUCUCCCGCGACGAGGCCAGCUGGCGGCGCGAGACCGAGAUCUACAGCACCGUGCUGCUGCGGCACGAGCACAUCCUGGCCUACAUCGGCAGCGACAUGACCAGCAGGAACAGCUGCACGCAGUUGUGGCUCAUCACCCAUUAUCACCCGCUGGGCUCGCUGUACGAGCACCUGAACAGGUGCACCCUGACCCGUCAUCAGAUGAUGGUCAUCUGUCUGUCAGCCAUCAACGGACUGCUGCAUCUGCACACAGAGAUACACGGCACACAGGGCAAACCGGCCAUAGCUCACCGGGACAUCAAAACCAAGAAUAUCCUGGUGAAAGUGAACGGAGAAUGUUGCAUCGCAGACCUUGGGCUGGCGGUGACCAGGGCCCACGUGGCUUCGAAGCAGCACAGCAACCCCAGGCAGGGCACCAAGCGUUAUAUGAGCCCGGAGAUGUUGGAUCAGAGCAUAAACCUGGAGUGCUUCGAGUCGUACCUGAAGUGCGACGUGUACGCCUUCGCCCUCGUCCUCUGGGAGGUGUCCCGGCGCACGCUGCCGUGUCCGCGGGAGGCGCGCGCGCCGUUCGCGGAGCUGGUGCCGCCCGACCCCAGCUUCGAGCUCAUGAGGAAGGUGGUGUGCGGCGACGGCGCCCGCCCCGCGCCUGUAGAUGAUGAUCAUCCGACGAUGGUCGGCCUAGCCAACUUGAUGCGCGAAUGUUGGCACCAGAACCCAUCUGUCCGGCUGCCGGCUUUGCGCAUCAAGAAGACCCUGCUGAAACUGGCCUCCUACGACAACAGCAUACAUUUGAACGAAGACGCCGAGGUAUCUGUGUGAAGUUGGACCAUAUAUAUGUAUAUAUACCUACAGUGGUCCUUUUGUGAGUACGCAAAACAAAAUGGCCGCCACACAAAAUGGCUUUGCGCAUCAAGAAGACCCUGCUGAAACUGGCCUCCUACGACAACAGCAUACAUUUGAAUGAAGACGCCGUGGUAUCUGUGUGAAGAUGGACCAUAUAUAUAUAUUUCUACAGUGGUCCUUUUGUGAGUAUGCAAAACAAAAUGGCCGCCACACAAAAUGGCCGAUAGUGUAUGCAUUGUAUAGAAUAUCGCAUUAGUUACUUAAACAUGUGCCGAAGUAUUAUUUUAAUUUAGUGUAAUUAUUAGUUAAUAAAUUUGUAAAUAUUAAGGUAUGUGAGAGGCAUUCAACGAUAUUUUAUUCAUGAUUUUUUUUAAAUUUAGCAGGUAUAUAAUUAGUAAAAAAAAUCAUGUCUAAUUUCUGUUUUAUUUCUAUGUUGCGAAUAUAACAAAUAUAUAUAUUGUAUUAAUGAAGUCAUAUUAUUUUUGUAUAAAAUAUGAUAUGCGUAUAAAUUUUUAUUAUAUGUAUACACUAAUAUAUAUAUAUUAGUGACAUUUUUUUCUUUAUUUUUUAAAUUACAUAGUUAUUCUUCGAGGAUCAUUAAAUAUAUUUAAUAAUCUGCUCUGGUUAUACGUUUAUGUAUAUCAAUAUUUGUUUUUUUUUAUAUACAAAAUUUCGAAAUAUAGGUUAAGUUGAAAUCGGUUCAAUAGUUUCAGCGUUUAUUCAACCUGAUAUUUUAUAAAGAGAUUCAUUUUAACAAAUCAUUUCUCUUUUAUGUAACACCAAAAGAGUGACAGUGUCAUUGUGUACAAUAUAUGUACUUAUGUAAAAUACAUUUACUUAUUGCUCUGGAAAAUACAUACAUACAUAAAAUUACGGCUCUUUCCCGGAGGGGAAGGCAGAGACUACAUCUUUCCACUUGCCACGAUCUCUGUAUACUUCCUUCGCUUCAUCCACAUUCAUAACUCUCUUGAUACAAGCUUUGGGGUACUAUGGAAAAUAAGUUGAACAAAAUGGCGUUUUCUUUUUCUGUAUAGAAGUUAACGAAAAACCAGCUAAGUGCGAGUCGGAUUCGCUCACGAACGGUCCCGUCUGUUACUAUCUGUCAUCUCGUUUAUUACAUAUAUAUAUUUAAUUAAUUAUAAGUAUUUGUUGUUAUAGUGACAACGUUAAUACGUUAUUUUAAAAAAAAAUCAGCUUUCUAGUUGAUACUGUUUAUGAGAUACAGCAUGGUGACAGACAGACAUCGGUGGUUUAGUAAUAUCUCGGAUUUCACCUUUCAAGCCAAAACCUUAAAACAAUGCCCCACAUAUUUUUAUUGUGCAUUAAAUAACUAAGGAGCCGAUGACUUUUUACUGUAGUACUGUUAAUAAAUAUGAUUUACUAGCUGUGCCCGCGACUUCGUCCGCGUGGAAUAGUUAUUUUGGGCAUCAUUGAAACCCUCAAGGAUGAAUAAUUACCCCGUUUUUUUUAAACAUUCUCCAUUAUUAUUAUUUCUUUGCUCCUUAUAGUUGAAGCGUGAUGUUAUAUAGCUUUCCUCGAUAAAUGGUGUAUUCAACGCAAAGAGAAUUUUUCAAUUCGAACCAGUAGUUCCUGAGAUUAGCGCGUUCAAACAAACAAACUCUUCAGCUUUAUAAUAUUAGUAUAAAUGUAGCUUUAAGAUUCAACAUAUAAUUUCUAUUACGUUGCCAUAUUAUAAGUUAAUGUAUAUUUGAUUGCGUGUAGAUAUUAAUAUUUUUAAGUUAUAAAUAUAAGAUUAUAAAUACUGGGUGACUUUAAAAAAAAUUAAAUUAUUGAAAAUCUAAUUGUUAUACAGCUGAACAUAUCUAUCGAAACAUUUUGUUGGCUACGUAGGUAGGUUUAAGAAAUUCGUUUAUAAUAACAGCCUCAUAAAGUUUCAUUUUGGGUAACUUGAUAUGCGGUUGAAUGUACCUACUAAAGUUAUUUUGACAAAAAAAUCACGGCUCGUGUUUAAAAAGUCACACAUGUAUUUAUACGAGUUCGUACAAAAUCGAUUAUCAGAUUCUCAGCAAAAAUUGUAAUUAUCCUUGAAUAUUGCGUAGGUAUAUAAAUAAACUUUAGAGCUUAUUUUAGAGUGACGGUGUACACAGUCUCUGUAGGAUAACACGCGCAAUGCCGUUUUUUAUCGCGCGAAAAACUAUCGCCGUUUCGCUUUUUUUUGUGACGUAACGGGGCGUACAGAUUAUAAUAACAUAACAUUUUAAUUAUGUUAUUUAGCAUUAGAAUAGAAUAGAUUUGUUUUCCAAAUUGGAUACAAGGUAUCACUUAUUGACGUCACAUCACUUAAAUCUAAUUAUAACUACUACCGCUUCCAAAGCGCAUGUGUAGAAGAAGCGGCGGAACAAACAACACUGCAGCAUUUUCAUCGGACGUCAAUAUACAAAUAUAAUACAAUAUUGUUAAAAGUAAUCUGUACGCACCUUGAAACGGGACAGCGUUAGUUUAUCGCGCGAUAAAAUCGUAAAUUACUGUUAUAUACAACAAGUUGCUAUACAAGGAGAUCUACGAACUCGUAACAUCAAAAUAAAACUCGCGCAUGCGUUCGAUCUUACCUGCGGCCGCGCCGCAGUAUGGGCGACUUUGAAGAAUUCCUUGUAUUACAACUUGAGCGCGAACCGGCUUUCAAAUUGCGCUGCAUCAUACCUGCUUUGGUGUGCACGAGCCUUUAUUCAAUAAAAACCGGUUCAAACCGCCUUACUCUGAAAUCAGCCUAAAACGUGGGUUCUUUAGUCCCCUCCCACGGCAUCUCAACGAGUUUAUUGAGUGGCUCUUUAUGAACUCUUACGAAAACCACAUUUAACCUUAAGCAAUAACAACAGUCAUCCAUUUGUCAUUUGUAAAAAAUACGAAAAUUUUUUGUAAAUGUUAUUUUGUACAAAUAUUAUAUACCUUGUAAGCUAUUGUUAAUUUAGUUAAUGUCUUCAAAUAACCCUGCAUUUAUUAUAUCAGUUUUAUAAUACUCACACUUUUAUCAGCGGGGCUGGCUAGCAUGGCCCCACGCGACGCCAUUUUAUCGCACGAUAAAAUAUCGCUUUUCACGUAUUAAUGAAAGGGUAACGGAGAUAGUUUAUCGCACGAUAAAAUAUCGCGAUAAAUAUCUAAAAAAAAGGGUAACGGCGAUAGUUUAUCGUGCGAUAAAAAUAGCGUCGCGUGGGGCCAUGCCCCGCCCCCCAGAAGUGGUUACCAUUUUUUAAUGUUGUGCAGUAAAACUUUGCUAGAAGUAAAAAUUUAUUUAAUACAAAAUAGUGUUGUAGUUCAGUUAUUGACUUGUUUAGACAAGUGUAUUGAAAAUAAUCAAGAUUUUUCCAAAGGCGUUUUACUCUCCAUUUGCCGUGCAUCCCUUUUUGGGCCAAAAACAGACUUUAUUUUAAUUAUUCUUGUAUUUAUUUUAUUUGUUACAAGGAAUAAUCAAAUUACCUCAUAUAACCAACUUUAUCAACGAAAUGCGGUGAGCAUAGGUUUUUUAUUCUCAUUGUAAAGAGAGGGAUGAAAAAAAAAUAUGACCAUAAUUCAUUUGCUGAAACGCGACUGAGUCUACAAUAGAAAAGUAUGUGUUUAAACAUAUUAUUUUUUUGUAAAACAUUGGCUAUGUAAAUAUUAAUUUAAGUUAGGGGUCUCAUAGUAUUGGAAAUAUGUGAAGAGAAUAAAAUAUUUGUCUAUAAA